AGGAGAAUGACCCACACCCUGGGACCCUGGGAGGCUGAACGCACCUGAAGGAGGAAUGUCGGCGUGGAGAGGAGCUUGCCUUCUUUGCACGAUCGGCAGUGACAGGACAUUGAGUUUGAGUUGAUCCUUCCUAUCCUGGCGUUCAUGGCGACUUCUAAGACGACGCUUCCUCCGUGGUACAAGCUCGGUCGAGUCUGUUCUUGAUAUCUGGUCAUCGCGUGGCAGUUGAGCCACCCUCGCUAUUCCCCGCCCGAUUGACCCCCCGCGGUGAACUUCUGCAUAAAUACCUCACUCUCCAUUCCAACGGCCCCGUCGCCUCCUGUUCCCCUCCUCCCGCGGUUGUAUGCUGUUGACUCUGACACAGGCCCUCUGGUUGACGUUACAGAUAUUUCUUUGUGAUGCAUCCUCAAAGCCUCCAUCUCCAGAUGCAGUCUCCGCCUUUUGGAUACCUUUCUCCCCCAACGGACUCCAGCGACGCAUGUUCGGAUGACGGUGACGCUAUUCACACCCCUCUCACUGAACACCAAGACUCUCAGCAUAAUCCAUACUCCGUGUACCACCACAACCAGGAUCCGUUUGCGCAUCCCUCCCUCCAUUCCUUCUGUCCCAACCAACAAUCCGGCGCCUUUCCGAACACCACCAAAUCCGAAAUCGAGCAAUCCUCUCUUACUUCGUUCUCUGCCCUUCUAACACCUUCUGCGUCCGCCAAGCUUGUCCGUACUCAUAGCGGCAUGGAUGGUUUCUUCCCUUUUUCCUCUCCCCCGUCAAGUGCGCUUGACCUAGCGAACGCAUCUCUCGAAUUCAAUCCCUUCGCCUCAUCGUUUGCUGAUUACAACACCGAAACCAUGGGUCCCGCCCCCGGGAAGCAAGGCAGUGGCUCUCAUCUGUCAACGUACUCCGCCUUCUCACAAUCCAGUUCAUCUUCAUCUUUCGAUCUGCCGCCACUCCCAUCUCUGUCUGAUUCCAUAAAUUCUCUAUCGAGUCCGGACCAAGCACACAAUUUGUCCCCCUUUCUUUUCCCGCUGAACGAUGGCCCUCGCUUCUCAGAUACAACCCAUUCCGACGACAUUUUCUUUCUCAAAGCCCGGAUGUAUAAUCCUCGUUUCCCCAUAGAUCACGCGCUCAACGGAGAGUUUGUCCGCACGUAUCAACUUGGUGAUGAACUCGGAGCUGGUGGGUAUGGUUUCGUUAUGACAGCCCGCCACCGAACCGAAGGCCACGAAGUUGCUGUUAAGUUCAUUAUCAAGGACAAGGUACCGGAACAUGCGUGGUGGAACGAUGAGCUUCUUGGAAAGGUUCCCACCGAAAUUAUGAUCAUGAGUCUGGUCAACCAUGAGAACAUCGUUAAAUGCCUGGACUUAUUUGAGGACGAUAAGUACUUUUAUCUGGUUCAGGAAUUACAUGGUACUCCGUGGUUGUCCAGAAAGGCAAAGAAGAACAAGCAGAUCACCGCCCCAAGCAAUCUCGUCCGUCCUGCUACACCAGCUCUCUCCACCCCGUCCUUGACACCGUCUCCGUCAACCGAGUCUAACAUUGAUUCACUUCCCGGGACGCCGGCCGAAGUAUGUGUUGAGAUCGUUGAGGUCAACGAAGGCCCGUCAAACAUCCUAGAUCCUAAUUAUCUAGCAUUUCCUCCUCCGGAUUCAAUUGACGCCAAGACAGACAGUUUGCUGAGACCACACUCGGCUGCUGAGGCUCGCCCCAGCUUUUCACGCAGACCCUCUUACGACUUGUUCGAAUGUAUCGAACAGAGCAAACACAAGCGGUUGUCUGAGAACCAGGCUCGCUACGUGUUUGCACAGGUCGUGGAAGCGGUAUACUAUCUCGAACAGCAGGGUAUCACCCAUUGUGAUAUCAAGGAUGAGAACCUGGUCAUUGAUAAUGAUUUGACUGUGAAGCUCAUCGACUUUGGCAGUGCCGUAGUCGCAGAUCCGACAGCACCUCGACCCUAUUACACACUCUUUUUCGGCACCACGGCUUACGCCGCCUCGGAGAUUCUGCUGAAACAGCCGUAUCGUGCUGCACCAGCUGAAGUCUGGACUCUGGGAGUCCUACUUUCAUAUCUCCUCACAGGACAUUCUCCUUUCCCCACAGAACAGGACGCUAUGGAUGGACACGUCGUGAUUCGCGAGAAAGCUGGACGAUUAAGUCGUGCUGCUCUCGGCCUGCUCGCAAGAUGUCUUGAAAAGGACCCGAACCGCCGAGCAGAUCUCGUGGAGAUUAGAGGUCAUCGGUGGUUGCAGGGUGCAUUAGAGCGUGGCGGUUGAUGCACCUGCCAAGUCCAACUACCUGUCGACGCUGGCUGCCGUUGACUGCCCUCAACUUUCUCGCCAUUGGCUCAGCCCCAUGAGUAUCCUCACUUCAACACAUGUAUAUUCUCUCGGAUGGACAAGUACGCCCCGUUUUUUUUUUCUCUUUUGUUUUUCUUCCUUCCUGUCUGUAUUGUUUCAUGGAACGUUUUUCAUACCAUCAUCGCAUUGUUCGCAGCAUCUGUAUCAUACCCUAGCAUUAUCGUUAUUCCCCUUGGAUUCCUCUGUGUAUUCCUAGUAGUGUAGCUUUACAUCAUCUUUAACUCGUAGUGUACAUCCUUCUGUAGUAGUCUCGCCACUAUUGUACCAAGUGGACUCUCCCC